ACGACGGAAAACGCCGCCCCGUGCCCGACGAGCGACUAGUUGGCGACGUCUGAUUGUUAAGUUCAGUAAAUGUACUUUGUCUGAAAUUCCCGCGGGCCCUACAGGAAAUUUGGAAUCGGGUUGAAGUAGUACCUGGCAACCCGGUAUUUUAUUUACAGAGUAAACCUGGCAACCCCCGGCAGCCGGCGUGCUCUCUCUGCUGCGACUGAGAGGAAGAUGGUGGACCUGCGGACCACAUCGUGCUUCAAACUUCGCCCCAAACUCUUUGAGAGAUGCUCACAUUGUCAACCCGGCGUCACGUAUAGAUUACCAGGGGACAACUAUAGAUAAUACAUCGAGUUUUUCUCUCCCGUGCGCAAGACUUCACUUCCGGGGUGGAAGUUAGCUUGAGUGGCUAAUUAGCCAACUUUCCCGGGGUUUCUUGUUUUUAUUGAACUUGUUUGUCGUGGGAACCACCGCCUGGAUGUCUGCCCGUCGACUGUGACACGGCACAGGAGCGCGAAUAGUCCAUUUGAAAGCGGGGCUGACGUUAGCUAGCUAGCCUAGCGAAGACACCUCCAGCCGGCCGGCAGCUGUGCGGACUCAAGGUGCCGCCAUGCCGCGGGUUAAAAAAGGGAGACGCGGCGCCAGCAAAGCGGGUGUCAAAAAUGGCGGCAGGGCGGAGUCAGGAGCCAGCGAUGACGAGCUGACGUCGGACGUCCUCAGCCACUACAGCAGCGCCAGUGAAGGCACCUCUGUGCUGGAGGAGGGCACAGGAGGGGAGCAGGUGGACGAGCAGACGGCCCAGGAGGAAAUGGAAGACAAACUCAAGCAGUGCAUCGAUGAUCUCACUGACAAGAGUGCCAAGACUCGACUUGCGGCCAUGGAGUCCUUGCGACAGGUCUUCUCCUCCAAAGUCCUGUACGACUUCCUCACGGAGAGACGCCUCACGGUCGGCGACUGCCUGGAGAGGAACCUCAAAAAAGGCGGCGGGGAAGAGAAGGCGUCGGCGGCCACCCUCUUCGCCCUACUCUGCAUCCAGCUGGGCGGAGGAGACGAGGCGGCCGAGGGCUUCAACAUGCUCCGCCCCAUCCUGACCACCAUCUUGACUGACAACACCGCCAGCAUGACAGCACGUCAAAGUUGUGCCAGAGCUUUGGGGAUGUGUUGCUAUGUUUCUGCUGCUGAAGACGGAGAAGACUUGAUCAAGUCCUUGUCCCUUCUGGAGAGCAUCUUCAUGUCCUCCUACCCCAACCGAGAGGGAGUGCUGCCCACGCCCAAACCUGGAGGCCCAGCUCUCCACAGCGCUGCCCUGCAGGCCUGGUGCCUGCUGGUCACCCUCUGUCCUGCAUCCAGACUCUCUGUCCUGCUGCACCUUCAUCUUCCCAAGCUGCUCGCCUGCCUGCAAAGUAGUGACGUCAACUACAGAAUCACCGUGGGAGAAACCAUCGCGCUGCUUGUGGAGCUGGGAAGGGAAAUUGAUGAGGACUUUGAGGUGGAGGACGCAGAAAGCUUGUGCGAGAGUCUGAAGGCUUUAGCCACAGACUGCACCAAGCAUCGCGCCAAGAACGACAAGAGGAAGCAGCGCUCCAUCUUCAGGGAGGUCCUGCACUACAUGGAGAACGAGGACUUCACCGAGGAGAGGAUCCGGUUUGGAGUGGAGAGCGUUUACAUCGACAGCUGGAUGAGGAGAAGAAUCUACGACGCCUUCAAGGAGAUCCUGGAGUCAGGAGUCCGACAUCAUCUGCAGUUUAAUCCUCUGCUGAGAGACAUCUUUGGUCUGGGACCUCCCAUCAUCCUGGACCCCGCCCUCAAAGCCAACAAGAUCUCACGCUUUGAGAAGCAUCUAUUUAACUCUGCUGCGUUCAAGGCCAGAACAAAACAGAGGAACAAAGUGCGCGACAAGCGUGCUGAUGUCAUGUGACCUGACCACCAACACUAUGCUCGCCACAUUCAACAUGGCCGCCGCUCCAGCUAGGAAACGUUUGCUAUUGAACAUGAUGAAGAAUGUUUUCUUCUUAUUGUGAGCAGAAUUCUUCUAACCUUGUCGCUAGCAACAAAAUGCUCCUGAUUUUUGGUGCAAGUGGACAUUUUUAAUUAGCUUCUUUCAUUUCUAAUUGGUGCUCAUGCUAACAUCAACAUAUUUGUUUUUAUUUAUUCCACUACAACUGUUUGGUUUUGAAGAGAAUGCAAAGUGCUGUUUACACAUGUUUCAUCUUGAAUAGCAUAUUUGAUUGCACAUUGAAGGGAUCAUGAGAGGUGUUACUUGAAUCAUUAAAUGCCUGUUUGGACUCUGCAACACAUCAUAUUUACAAGGAAUAUAUUAUUGUUCUAGCAGUCUAACCAAUCAAUAAGAAACAAAGUCAAAGAAUGCUCCUUUUCAUAAUGUGACAUGUAAGUUCAAAAUGUAGUCUUACUAUUUUAUAUACUACAUUUGGAAUAUAUUUUAGCAUUUUGUAAAGGUACAAUUUUUAAAGAUUAAAUUUUUUGGUGAAAUUA